AUGAUUAUGAGCCCAGAUAGAACUAAUCCAGUAUCAUUUGAGAAUCUUAAACUAUCUCCAGAACUUUGGGUUGAGAAACUAAGUUAUGAUCAGCUCUAAGAUGAUUGGAAGUAUCUCUACUUAGUUAUCUAAGAGACAUUGAGAAUAGAACCACCAAUUAGAUCAUCUACUCCAAUGUAACUAAGUGAAACAAUGGAAUUGGGGAGUUAUACUGUAGAUAAGAAUACAUCAAUUGCUGUUAAUUUCUAUUUACUUCACAGAAACCCCAAGGAAUGGCAAGAACCAUCAAAAUUUAUUCCAGAAAGAUUUGAUCCUGAAAGUCCCUACUACCUAACCCCUGAUGGGAAAAAGAGAAAACAAUGCAGCUAUAGUCCAUUUUUGGGUGGUAGAAGAAUAUGCUUGGGGAAAACUUUUGCUGAGAAUAUUGCUAAAUGCGUCAUCCCUAUCAUUAUUUCAGAGCUAGAUAUCAAGUUUAAAAAAGACUACCAUUACGAAAAAAAGCCACCUAAGUACUAUUCCACUGAGAUUAAUGUUCCUAUUGUUUUAUCUGCUAUUUAAAAUGUCUGA